AUGAAGAAGAGUUGUCAAGCUGGAACAAGAUCAGUGAUCCCGUGCUUCACAUUGAGCUUUGACGUUGGGCUGAUGUUUUGGUCAUUGCUCCUUUGUCUGCUUACACAUUACAAAGAUUGUGGUGGGAUGUGUGAUAAUCUUCUGACUUGUAUUAUUCGAGCUUGGGAUUAUAGCAGACCGCUUGCGCCUGCCAUGAAUACUUUGAUGUGGAACGGUCCUUUCACGGAGAGACAUCUUUUGUCGUUUGAUGAACUUGGAGCCAUGUUUAUUCCUCCCAUCAAGAAGAGAUUGGCUUGUAGGGACUAUGGUAACGACGCAAUGGCUGAGCCUUAUCUUAUCUAUUCCUCUGUCAGUCUCUUCUGGGAGUCUCAGGCUCAUCAAGAGAGUGGUGGAACAUGUUAA